UAUUUCAUUUGUUAAGUUGUGAAGUGAAUGUCUGACAGCUCCGCAUCAGAUCUCAGCAGUAUGAGUGGACUUAAAGUCCUGGUUGUCAUAAUCUGGAUGUUGAGAGGUGCUGCCAGCGACAAAUGGGAAAUUAAGAUGCCUAAGAAAAUAGAUGCGAUAAGUGGCUUCUGUGUUCAAAUUCCAUGUCAGUUUGAGAUCCCCGACUCAUUCAAACAGUCCCUAAACAAAAUUGUUGAGACAAUUUGGAGAAAAACAAGCAUAGAGGGGCCAAACGUGCUUAGUUCAGAAAAAACAGAGUCUCUUCUAAAAGGAAAUGUGAUUGGCAACAUCUUAGACAAAAAUUGCACCACUGUGUUUCACAACUUUCCUGAUGGAUUCAGUGACACAUUUUUCUUCAGACUUCAGGGUCCUGAACCUCUCUUGUACACAUUUCAGCAAGGAGUAAACAUCACAGUCCAUAAAG